CGGCAGGCAGAACCUCUCCAUGAGCGGCUGCCGGGCCACCCGUAGCUAUGGCGACGGCUCGUGGCCUUGACCUCUGAGUUAGGGGAGGGGUGAUGGUGAGCGUCCGCAGUGGCCCUGGCCAGGCCUGACGGCUCCCUUUCUUCGCCCGGCUCGGCGUGGGAGUCUGAGCACCCUGCGGACACUCUGUGGCCGGGGCUUCUCGGCCUCAGGCACGUGGAUUGUUUUAGGGACCCAUCUGUUGCAUAAAGCAAGGUGCCAUCUUGCAUUACUCUGUAUGGGGUGGAUGCUCAGCAAAUUGUGCCAGGCUGCCUGAUGUCAUGUGGCCUGUGCUUUGGACCAUGGUGCGUACCUAUGCCCCUUAUGUCACCUUUCCCGUGGCCUUUGUGGUCGGGGCUGUGGGCUACCACCUGGAAUGGUUCAUCAGGGGGAAGGAUCCCCAGCCUGUGGAGGAGGAGAAGAGCAUCUCGGAGCGCCGGGAGGACCGCAAGCUGGAUGAGCUGCUAGGCAAGGACCACACCCAGGUGGUGAGCCUUAAGGACAAGCUGGAAUUUGCCCCUAAAGCUGUCCUGAACAGAAAUCGCCCGGAGAAGAAUUAAUGGAGGACACAGGGCCCUAUGGGUCCUUCUGUGGGCCGUGUCUGGUCCUGCCACCAUGUCGACCCAGCCUCAGAACCCAUAUCUGAUUUGCUUUAUUGCUUCUUCUGGCCCCUCCCACCCCACACAGCCACACACUGCUGCUCUGCUAUGGCCAGGCAGACACACUAAUAGCUGAGGGGCCAGAGAAGAGGAAGGCCCAUGAGGGUUCUGGCCUGAAGGCUGCAUCUGCUGGGUGGUGGCCACAACUGCUCAGGCUUUUGUGCUGCUGGGUGCACCACUGGGAGGAGAGUGAUGAAAUGAACAUUGGCUGUCAGUCCCUGUGGGGAGGCAGUUUGGCUUCAGGUGGGAGUGGCUGGGAUUGGCAUGAUGCCUUUGGGAGGGAUACCUACAUGCCUAGUUCCAGUUUGCACUGGGAAGAGUUCAAAAAUCUACCUGGCUCCCUUCACUAGCUUGCCCUGUCCUUUGUGCUCAUUCUCCCUGAAAUCGUGUCCUAUCAGCUCAGGAAGGGGAUUCUCCUGGGAAGGAACGCAGUUUUCUGUUCUUGGGAGCCCAGGCUGUUCACCUUGGGGCAGGUGAAUUUGCUUGAAAACAGUCACCAUCUUUCACCCCCCCCCAUCACUGUAUAGCGCAAAACUUGAUUAAAGUGGCGUCUGAGAACCA